UGGGGCCUUUGAGCGUCCGACUUCUGUCUUUCCUUUCUUUUAUUCUCUUUCUACCCUCCCACAGUGCCCACCUGGCUCCCGCAAACAUACCGAAGAUCAUUCAGCACCACUGCACUAUACAUACACACACUACCUAGAGGGCUCACUUCACACGCUCCCUGUCUGCGGUUAUCCGUCCGCCUUAUAUACUUCUCUCACCACUCCAUCCACAAAUGGCAUCCCAAACAGCACAUCCGUCAUCCACAGACGCAGCAGCAGCAGCAACAAACGCAACUACACUUACAGUGCCAGUGCCAACGUCUGGCAUUAGGAAGUUUCUCCGCUACGACAGCCUUGAUCUCUCACGAGUGGUAUCAUCCAACGUUGUCACUGCAAAUGCCCUACUGUACAUCCGCUUCAUUGUUGCGUUGCACCUCUCGGCUGUCUUCAUCGCGACACUCUAUGUUUCUGCAAGAGAUAAUGUCUUUUACAUGGUGCCGACCACGUUCACCAACCUGAGCAAUAUUGGCCUUACAGCAUAUUAUUUGACAGCAACAUACCACUCUUACAACUUUAUUCGCCACAAGGACCUGCGGUCUCUGACCUCUCAGCACUGGUUCCUGAGCUCGGCACUGUUCCUGCUCUACGCCUCUGUAGUUGUCUACCACAUUGUUGUCCCUGCCAUUUAUUGGGGCAUGCUCUUUGAUCCCAACAACACUAUGGAUACGCUCAACAAGUACGUAGAUUUUUCCCAUCACGGCGCCGACCUUGCCUGCAUCCUGAUAGAGAUGAUCUUCAAUCGCAUGGACCUACCCUGGGUCUACAUGCUCGGCCCACUCAGCAUGAUUAUCCUGUACAUGUUUUUAGCAUGGGUGUACUUUGCCGCUCGUGGCGAAUGGCUCUAUGGAUUCCUGGACUGGUCCAAAGGCCCUGUGGCUGCCGGAUGGUAUAUUGGUCUUCUCUGCAUCUUCGCUCUACUUUUUGUGCUCCAAAAAUACAUCCAUCAAGGUCGUGACAGCGCACUGAAGCGUAGAAGAGCUACGGUUGCUGCUCAGGAUGGCACAGGUGUGUUGGAGAACAAGCAGUAUUGUAGCAGAGACGAAGAGAUACAGCAGACCAAGCACCAGCAGGAGUUAGCACAGAGACCUUUGAAUGAUCUGAAAGAGGAGGUGUCAGAGUCGCUGGAGAUGCCAGAACAGAAGCAGGAGCUUGAGCAGGGACCAUAAUGGAGUGCAGUACACACAUAUUUUCCAUAUUCAUAAUAGAUUAUCGUACACAUAGGCAUGUAAGCAAGCAAUUUUAAUAUAUCAAGAGUCCGUAACAUGUGCUUGCACGGAUGAGGACCAUCAUACAC